UACCCAGUGGGCCGGGCUUAGCGUACCCUCCAUUCGGGGCCAUGGAAAUGGUCACGUCAGAAGCCAGCUCUCCCUAUAAGCACCUGUUCCUCUACGUCACACCGAGGUUCCAGACUGAAAAGCUUGUGAUCGCUUUCCAAUGGGGAGCAUGUGCGUAGACAGCACACACACUACUAUAUAUCCUCCACCAUGGCUUUUAGCUCCAUUCAGCGGACUGUGCACACACAGGAUACGCAUCUCCUCUCUUCACCACAACAUGGAGGACGUGGGUCGCCAUGCAGCUUUAUUAUUGGCAAGUCUGAACCACCAACGAGAACAAGCUAACUUGUGUGAUUGCGUGCUCAGACAGAGACAGGACCCAGCUCAUCUCUAUCCAGCACACAAGUGUAUUCUGGCUGCCUCCAGUCCAGUUCUGGCCAAUAUCCUCUCCUCAACAGGUUCCCUGGUGGAUCUGCAGGCUCCAUGCCUGGCCCACUCUGUGCUGGAGCUUGUGUUGGACUUCAUUUACACGGGAGUUCCGCCUACCACUCAAAGUUGGCAACAGUACCACGACCUCCUUGCUGCUGCUCGCCUCUUGGAGAUGGAGCAACUGCGGGAGGUUCUUAUGAAUGCGCCACCAAUGGAAGUGAACGAUGCGGACAGAGCCUCAAAUGAGCCUUUUAGGACUUGUAGAAGCCUUUUUCCUCAGGAUUUGGAUCACAGUGCUGAGCUGUCAAGUACAGAGAAGAGACUACCAGCCAGAGAAGACCAAAAAUAUGUGCUCCAAUUCACAGCCCAUGUGGACCACAGUUCUUUAUCUUCCACUUCCCCCUCUCGGUGCUGUGGGCCAGUACCGGUCAUACGUCACAGCAGCAGAGACGCAAUGUUGGAUCUCCAAGUGGCUUCUUCGGAGGACACUCACCAGUACAGGAACAAGCAUAUUGAUGACUCGCACGAGAUAGCUCUUGCGGAAGACUCCUACGCAGGAAGCCACUGUGAAGAUCCAAGUAUAAGAAACGAUUGCUGCAUGAAUAUCCUGGAAGACAACUAUGAGACAAGAACACAGCACCAGGAGGAUUCCAAGACGUCGGAAUCCGAACCACUCGUCAACAUUAGGAGCACUGAAGUCACACAGCAGCAUGUGAGUGACUACAUGCUUCAUUCUGGGAUGUCUUCUCAGACAUUCCUUCAUCUUCCCCCAUCCAGUUCAUCACAGCAGUCCAGUGAUGAAGAAGCCGGAGUCUCCGAUAGUUUGGAACCUGCAAACCAAACAUCCAGUCAUCUACUUCUGGACAAGACAACGGAAUAUGAAAAAGUGUCUGUUAUCGGUCACAGUCACACAAACAAAGAUAACACGGGGUCUUCAUCAAAUGACUCUAAUAGACUUUUAGUGAUGAGGGAACAUGUGGCGUGUAAAAAGGCCUCCACCGCUCCCACCAUGUCUGACCACAUUCAAACGUCCACGCCCAGCACGCUGCGGCCUGCUCGCCGUCCGUUCCAGUGCUCGUUAUGCACGCGCUCCUUCAGCCAGCGCGGCACCUUGAACAGACACAUGCGCACUCACCUGGGGGUGAGGCCCUUCUCUUGCCCCCGCUGCCCCAUGACCUUUUCCCGCCAGUACCGUGUGACAGAGCACAUGCGCGUACACCAGCGCGGCAAUGGCCUCACGAGGGACUUUACCAAAGCGCCCACCUCUUCGAUUUGAUGACACUGGACGCUGUGUUGGUGUGUUUAAUGCUGAGCGUGUUAAGGAUCAGAAUGGAGCAGGGCGACCAAAUACAGCUUGGACCAGGGUUUAUUGAAGGGACCUUUUCCCUUCAAUAAACCCUGGUUGGAAGGGAGGACAAGGGGAACAAGCCAACAGAACCGGCAAACUAACAAAACUUAACAGGCUAACAAAUAUCAACAGAACUGACUGACAGGGAUGGCAAACAAAAAACGAACUAACAGAGAGACAUGAGACAAGAAACCAGCGACAACAAAUAACCCGAAAAGGGCGUGACACGCAGACAGGACUUAUAUACGCGACAGGUAACGAGAGGCAGGUGACUGUGAUUAGUACAUAGAUCGUGAGUAGACACAGGAAGGGAGGGGCGAGUACACAGACGCUGACAGAAACCAUGACAACCUACACAUAAUAAAACAACCGGGGAUGAGACGUGACAGGGGGCCCUCAAAGAGCUUCAGUCAUCUGUUGAUUAUUUUAGUCAAUACAAACAUAUUUGUCUGGGAGUUUGUUCUAUUUUAGUCAGUAUUAAAAUUCAAGAAAAUAAAAAUGUUUUGAAGCCGGUAAACUGUUUCCACUGCUGUCAAUAGAAAACAGGUACACAAUUAUGAACUUGUCAACAAUUUUUAUUAGAUCUUUCACAGAAAGAAUUCAAUCAUCAUAAAAAUGCACACCAAAAAAUCUUGAGAAGUCCAUUGCAUUGGUUGUGUUAUAAAUAUUACUUUAUGAUCGUUACAAACACACACGUACUUAAUAAAAACAAAUGCACUUUUAACAGAAAUGAGGUGACCAGUCUGUGAUGGUGCUCCUGUAUUAUUUUACGAGGAUGCAUAGCGAUGUUAUAAUAAAAUGGCACAUACACAAGCACACAGGCACACAUAUGAUAUGAGUACAAUUAUUGAUCAACUGUUGUAAAAAA